AUGGCGGACUCAGCUUCUGAAUAUGUGACAUUAGUCUCACAUGAUGACUAUGAAUUUAUCAUUCCGCGUCGCGCAGCUUGCAUCUCAGGCACCAUUCGACGCAUGCUGGACCCUUCGAGUAAAUUCUCCGAAGGUUUGACUGGCCGCUGCAGGCUGGAUGACAUGUCUGGCAUCGUCCUUGAAAGAGUUUGCGAAUACCUUUGUUAUAAUGAGAAGAACAAAGACCAGACCAACGUCCCAGAUAUGGAUAUCCCGCCUGAGCUGUGCUUAGAACUGUUGAUGGCUGCCGAUUACUUGGAUACCUGA